AUAAUCAUAACGGAGACGACAUAUCAGCAAUUUUCGUGUCGACAUUCCUCGCAGCUCAAGGUCGCCAUUGUCAAGGCACUCUAGACUAUUUACAAUCAUGGCAGCUCUUCUUAAGAAGCCUCUGAAGCUCGCGCUGGUGCAGCUAGCAUCCGGUUCCGACAAAGCUGUCAAUCUCUCCCACGCUCGCACAAAGGUGCUCGAGGCUGCCAAAGCUGGCGCGUCCCUCAUCGUGCUGCCAGAAUGCUUUAACUCGCCCUACGGAACUCAGUACUUCCCCAAGUACGCCGAAACUCUCCUCCCUUCUCCACCGACCAAAGAACAGUCGCCCUCUUUCCACGCCUUGUCAGCAUUGGCCUCAGAAGCCAAGUCAUACUUGGUUGGAGGAAGCAUUCCCGAGUUGGAACCGGGUACGAAUAAAUACUACAAUACCUCCCUUGUCUUUUCGCCGACCGGAGCUCUGAUCGGCACGCAUCGCAAGACGCAUCUAUUUGACAUCGACAUUCCCGGAAAAAUCAGGUUCAAGGAGAGCGAGGUGCUAUCACCAGGGAACAAACUGACUAUCGUCGACCUGCCGGAGUACGGCAAGAUCGGUCUGGCUAUCUGCUAUGACAUCCGCUUCCCUGAGGCAGCCAUGAUCGCCGCCCGUCAAGGAGCCUUCUUGCUCGUCUACCCCGGCGCGUUUAACCUGACGACAGGUCCCCUGCACUGGCAACUGCUCGGACGCGCACGUGCCGUGGAUAACCAGGUCUAUGUCGCCAUGUGUAGCCCAGCCAGAGACAUGAGUGCGACGUACCACGCUUUUGGCCAUAGCUUGGUUGCUAACCCCAACGCGGAGGUCUUGACGGAGGCCGGUGAGAACGAGGAGAUCGUCUAUGCGGACUUGGAUAACGACACGAUCGAGAAUACCAGAAAAGGUAUCCCGAUCUAUACGCAGCGACGGUUCGACUUGUAUACAGACGUCAGCCAGGGUGUCAAGAAUGAUAAUUGAAAUAUAAUAAAUAUGCGUAUAUAACUUCAUUCAGUUAUCUCUCCAUGGACAUCGUGAUGUCUCCUUUCCAGACAAUGUUCGAUUCUAGAGAUUCAUGUAAGAUCUGCAUGAAAUUGGAACUCCCGUUCGCCAGUCCCA